AUGUCGAAAAAAGAUCGAAAACGAGCAUUUUUUGAUUUAGCGAUUGAUGGAUCUUCAGCGGGUCGCAUCGUUAUGGAACUGUACAAUGAUGUCGCUCCUCGAACUUGUCAAAAUUUCCUCGCUCUUUGUACAGGUACUGCAGGUUUAGGUAAAGUUAGCGGUAAACCACUCCAUUACAAAGGAUCAACAUUUCACAGAGUUAUUAAGAAUUUUAUGAUUCAGGGAGGAGAUUUUACGAAAGGUGAUGGCACCGGAGGUGAAUCUAUUUAUGGUGGUAUGUUUGAUGAUGAAGAAUUCAUAAUGAAACAUGACGAACCCUUUGUUUUAUCUAUGGCUAAUAAAGGACCAAAUACAAAUGGAUCACAAUUUUUUAUAACUACAACAACCGCAUCUCAUCUCGAUGGUGUUCAUGUUGUAUUUGGCAAAAUUGUAAGCGGCAAAGAUGUAGUGACGAAGAUAGAGCAUCUGAAAACAAAUUCCAAAAAUCGCCCUUUAGCUGAUGUAGUUAUUUUGAACUGUGGUGAAUUGGUCAGAAAAUCGAAAAAACGCAGAGGAUCUGAAGGUACAUUAAGGUUCCGUACACCUGAUGGCAGUGAUCGUGACGGUAGUAGAACUCCGCCGCAUUGGAGACGUGAACAGGUAUUUUAA